AUGAUUAAUCUGACAAUAAAGACGUUGGAUUCACAGAAUCACAGAUUUCGUGUUCCGGACACUUUUACUAUACUGGAACUCAAAGAGCACAUCGCGGCACAAGUGAACGUUGCAGUUGUCCACCAGCGAUUGAUAUUUUGUGGUCGUGUCUUGAGCAAUGAAACCAAACUUGCUGAUAUUGGUAUUGAUGGAAAAGUUAUGCAUCUUGUGCAGAAACUUCCUCGUUUGUCAACAACUACAUCUGGAUCAUCAUCAUCUACAACAACUAAUACUACUAGUCGUUCUGGGCAAAAUUCAGGACCUGGAUUUAGAGGAUGGCAUACACACGAUCCUACUGUUUUAUUCGGUGCCAUUGGUAUACCUUCAGAGUUGAUGCAUGCUGGAGAAUUGCCACGUCUUAUAAGUACUAGAAAUCAUGGGACUGGUAACAGAGUAUCAUUGGCUUUGGAUAUGAUACGCAGAGGCAAUGAAAUAUUAAAUAGACUCGAAAAUCCAGGACCCAUUCGAGCCAAUCGACCACAAUCCUCUGCUUCUAAUGCAGAACAAUUGCCAGAAGGGUCACAUCAGGCAGAAGCUACAACCCUAAGUGUACCACCAGAAGGCGUAGGAGCACCAGAAUCGUCUGCUUCAGAAUCAUCUGCACCACCAUCACAAGCAGACCCAGAUUCAGUGAAUGUGAGCUAUGAAGUCGAUGAAACAUUCCCAAAUACUGUUGUUGUUACUAUUGAUGCUACACAUCACAUGAGAAUGCCUCCGGGAUUAAUGCGUCAAGUUCAUAAUCACAUGCAAGCAAAUAAUCUAUUUCCAAUUCAUCAAAAUGCAACUGAAACAUCUGCUGAAAGUGAAGUUUUAAAUGUUCCUGAAAAUGUUCCAGUUGGAGGAUCCACUAACCAAUCUUCAGCUGAACAGGCUACUGGAACUUUACCAUCUUCUACAUCAUCUGAACAAAAUUUAAGGAAUGAUCGUCAAACUUCAGAAAGUAGAUCUACAGUUGCUUUAAAUGACAGACGGCGUUUAAGAGAACUAAUUGAAGAAUUGAAUAAAUUAAAUGAAAGACUUCGGCCAUUUUAUGCUAUGUAUUGCCAAUUUAUUGGAGAUGAUCCACAAUUUGAUACUAUAGAAGGAGAACAUGGAUCACUUAGAGCACAAACGGUUUUCAAUGGUGUGUCUGAAGUGAUGCAUUUUAUAUCACAUGUUUAUCAUGCAAUAAGUGAUUUAAGAGUUUCAUUUAGCAGACCACCACCACGUUCUUUCCAAUCUCGUCCUUGUUUGCUACAAGGUACUAUUUUGCACGCUGCUCAUUCAGUUACAACUACUUCUACAGCUGCACCCCCGUCUACUCAACAACCUACUUCUACCCAAACAACCACCACAAGUCAAUCUAUACCAAGUGUACGAGCUUUUAGACUUGAUUAUGGAGGGGGAAAUGUAACUCCUAAUGUGGUGUCCACUUCAGCUACUGAAACAAAUACAAACACAAACAUGUCAGUUGAUCCAAAUACUGAAACUAAUAAUACAUCUACAGAUUUCCCGCCUGAGACUCCUCAAGGAGUAGAACUUAUGUUUGAUCUUGCACCAGGGUCUAUUCGCAUAGAUUCUGUAGAAGCUGCAUUUAUUAACCCAACGGCCCCUGCGACAACAGGCUUACCUGCUGCUGUUUCUCAACCAAUACAACUAUCUGCUACUAUUGCUGAUCAAGGAGGAAUGCCUAUUGACUGGAUGGAUCAGAUGAUUGAUGUAAUUUCUAGUGGAGUGCGACGUCCUUUCAUGUCUGAACAAUCUUUGGAUUGGAAUAGUAUACCUACUACUUCUACUCGAACUCCACGUGUAACUCCUAGGACAACUGAUUCAUCGUCGACAACAAAUCCUCCAUCACAAGGCUUAGCUCGUGGACGCUGGGAUUCUACCCCUCGUAUGGAUCCAUUUUUACCAUGCAGUUCACAUCAUUUUGAAUCAAAUUUAAGACCAAUGGUAUUAGCUAGGCGUUCUGCUCAAGGAACUGACAGAUCCACAUCUUCUGCCACUAGUGGAAACUCAACUACAGAUACUUCUUCUCCAAGUUCUCCUAAUGAAGUAAGAUCUUUUACUAGUCGACGUCCAGGUCGAUCAAGAACUCGUUAUGUGCAAGAAUCUGAUGGAUUGAUGUCUGGUAUACAUCCAAUUCUGACUUGGGGAAGACAGCGUAACAACACAGCUACAACAUCUGCAAAUAAUACUGCUCAGGCUACUGGACAGGGUACUAGUUUAACUGAUGCAUUAGCUGGACAAAUAAGAGUUGGAAUGGAAAGUGUUUUUGAUACAUUUGAAAGAGAAGUAGAUUUUGAUAGAACCAGAGACUUAAAUUUGCCUCCUGCAAGUAGUUCAGUACUAGGUUAUGAUCAUACAAUGAGUACAUCCACCUCUCAAUUAACUCCACGUUUACCAAAUGGAUUGCUGACAACCCCUAUUGGAGAAAUACCAUACUUUAGAAGUUUAGAGGGUCAAUCUGGGUCAAUGUUGGUAGACUUUUUCAUAAUGAUUUCCCGUAACUGGACCCUACGUGACAUGUUCAGUGUGGAUUUAACUCGCACUUCAACUCUUAGAACUUAUCCACUUUCUACACAUUCUGAAGAAAUAGUAAAUUUCAUAAUCCAUAGAAUUAUGCUGAAUCGACCACCAAGCCCUCACAACAUCGAAGAUGCUGCAAAUCGCUUAUUUUUAGAAAUUGUGCCAUAUACAAAUAUUUUGCAAUGUACUGUGCCACAAAAUACAAAUAUUAAUGUGAAUGCAUCUUUCCGGCGAUGUAUUCUUCAAAAUCUACGUGGAAUGGUUAUCUCCUUUGGUGAAAAUCGACCGGCAGCAAUGAAUAAUAUUGCGCAUACAUUGUCCAUAUUUGCUGAAGGAUUUUUAUCAUUGAUAGUUUAUUGCUGUGACAGCCGCCCUAUAUUUCGGCUAUGUGUUUCCGCAGUAAUGCAAAACUUGCCACUUCCUACGAAUUUAAACAUUCUAGUAAUGGAGGGAUUACGUGCAAAUAUUGACUAUUACUGGGAAAGAAUGACCUCUUUCCAAAUGAUGAGUUUAUCUGUAGUUGAGUAUAUUGUACCAUUUGAUGAAGCAGCUCUAAGAGCAUUAAGUGCGACUGAUGGAGAACAAUCUUCCAAUCCUUCUAUGCCUUCUUCCGAAAACAUCAAUGAACCGUUACCCGAAGUUGUUAUCGGAUCUCAAGAUUGGCAUCACAAUGUUCCUUCUGAAUGGGUACCAGUCAUAGCUAGAGAUUCACAACGUCAAAGACGUCAAGGAACUCAGCCACCUUAUAGUGAUGCAUAUUUAUCUGGUAUGCCUAACAAACGCAGGAAGAUAGUGACAAGUUCUAAGCCUCAAGGGUCUUUAUCUCAAAUAAUAGCUAAAAAUUUGGAAGUUGCCAUGGGCGCAGCAGGUGUAGCCAUUAAUACAGAAGUGAUAACAAGUGCUGGAGCAGACACCGCUGUACAGAAUGCGUAUACCGAACGCAUUAGGACAUUUGGCAGAUCCGGACUAGAUACUCAUCCCGAUUUUUGUCCUACCCGUUAUCCGAAUGCUUCAAAAUUCUUUUACAAUCAUAAUCAUCCAAAUUAA